AAUCUGUAGGUCAUUAGGCUGCUCCAAUUAUCCAUCCUCAUAAGGCCCAAAGGGGUUUUAAUUGAUUUUAAAUAUGUGGUGAUUUUGGCAUGACAGUGAAGUUCAAAGGUUCACCAUUUCCCCCUUUUAUAUUUCAUAAGACAUAGUGCGUGCACAGAAUAACUGAAUGUUCAGUGGGUAGAAGUGUAUAACCUGAAUGAACCUCCGCUCUUGGCCACUAGAGCGACAAAGCAACGAGUCAUUUUGAAAGCCCAGUCAGUGUGAAUGAAUGGAGGAGAGCCGGAUGGUCGAUCGGAGACUCCACAGAGCAAACUAGGCUUCACUCUCAGCUGUGCGCCUUGCGUAAAGUUGCUGUAAGGAAAUCAUUCCUCAGAGCUGCGGGUUUAAAGGCCACCGGACAAGAUUUUCGUCCUCUAAAUCCCAUCAUUCCCAUACAGACCGAGCUUCACCAGUUGAGCUUUAUUGUUUCCCCCCUACCAACGUCGAGGAGCUCUCUGCUUGUUUUUCCUGCAACAGGUUAUUUACCGCUGUGCGCCGCGUCCAGCCUGCAGCCCUGAUCCCCAGCGCUGGUUAGUUCAGGUAACUUUCUGCUGCUGUGUGCGAAGAGCGAUGCUUUUCUUUGCGAUCUGAGCUGCAUGCAGCAUUGUGCUCCACACCGAGCCGAGCUGGUCUGAACCACGCAACCCGAGCCCACCGAUCCGUCUAGUGUGGUAGCAGGAGCGAAAUGAAAAUGGCCCCAACAAUGAGACAGCCGAACAAACAGUAGAGUCCGAUCCGUGUGGAGCUUCGAAACGCCGACAAAGACCCGAGAAGUACCUGGUUGUUAGGCGGCGGAGGAGGAGGAGGGUUCUGCAAGGAGGGAUUGAUGGUUCCGAACAAGUGGAGCAUGAAUUCGGUUCUGCACAAAUCGCCUCCAAGGAGCUGGCUUGGGCUCCGGUUAAGACUGAAUGAUAAACCAGUCCAGGAGGAAGACUGGGUGGUUUGUCAGUACCCUGAGUGUCCUGACCACCGAAGGGCCUCUAAGGUUUGCCACCACCCAGACUGCCAGGACCUGAACAGCAAAAGCCCCCUUCAUCUGUGUGAUUCAUGUGACUCACGAUGCCAUCCAGAGAGCGCCGACAACAUGCACUUUGACCGACACCCCCGAUUCGACCUGCAACCUCAAGCUUCCAUCCUGGCUCGGAACGUGUCCACGCGCUCCUGCCCCCCACGCACCAGCCCCCCCCCCGAUCUGGAGGAAGAGGAUGAAGGGAGCAACGACCGCGGUGAGCGUAAAACGGUGGGGAUGAAGUUGGGAAAGAAGAAGCCAAGGAGACGACACACUGAUGACCCCAGCAAAGAGUGUUUCAGCCUCAAGUUUGACCUCAACGUAGACAUCAACACAGAGAUUGUACCGGCUAUGAAAAAGAAAACACUGAGAGAGGUUUUAGGUCCAGUGUUUGAGAGGAAUGGCAUCGAGCUGUCGCGGGUCGACCUGUUCCUUGAUCAGUCCAAUACGCCGCUGUCCCUGCACUUCGAGGCCUAUCGCUUAGGAGGACACUACCUCAAAGUUAAAGCACGUCCCGGUGACGAGGGGAAGGUGGCGCAGGGUGUGAAGGACUUUCGGUCGCACAGCCUGCCCAUCAUGAAGCCCCCUGACGGCCAGAGCCCCUACAUCCUCACCCCGAGAGAGAAGGUGGCACACGAGUCUCUGGGACGCCGUGAAAGCAUUGAUCUGCUGGUGAGUUCAUGUUUUAUUUCUUGCCAUGCUGCAGCUCGCCACACCUCCUCCGGCUCCUUAUUUUUAACUUUCCCAGCUCUCAAAAACACAUUUUGAACACAAACAGACACU